AUGCCACAACACGUCACACAUGCUGAGGUGGUCAACUCGCCACAAUUCGUCACAUAUGCCAAUGUGGUCGCGAACAAGCCAGUCUUCGCCUCGAGGCAUCUGCUAAGGACAGUCAAUCAGGAGAAGUCUGAGACGAACCCAACUGUGCCGACGAUUGUCAUUACCGAACCUUGUCGUUUCCAAAACCAUCCGCUGCGCAAAUUUGCCAAGCUUCCGAUCGAGAUACUCAUACAGAUCCUGGAGCUCCUCCUACCCAAGAAGAUUCAAGUCCAUCUUUAUGGCGAACGAUCCUGGACAGGACCCCGACGCCCGCGCGUUCUUUUUUCCUGGAUGGUGAACAACAGUCAUAGCAACGACAUGAAACCCCAACUCACGCGCUUGCUGCUCAUCCGCAAAGACUUGAGUGCUCUCCUCGGCCCCAUGAUCUUUUCGCGCAUAGAGGUGAUGGUCAAGGGGCUUGCAGACGGUGAUCGGUGGUGGUAUGACGACAGACUCUUUCGACGAGAUCGUAUCGCAGUCAUUGGCAAGGUAUGGCUCCAGCCAGUUUACGAUGUGGGUCUUAGCCAUCUGCACCAAGCCUUGGUUGAGAAAUAUGACCGGAGCCGAGUCUGGGUCGAUGGUACGGAUCGGGAUCGCGAGCUUGGUCUAUUUGGUGCUGCACGUGCCAAGCGUGCGAGGGCUCAGGCAAAGAAGGACGAGGAGGCUCGUGAAGCAAAGGCUAAGCGGUUGUGGAGCGACGUGGUGAAGGGUGCCAGGUCGGAGCCGUAG